AUGACAGCAGGUCGUAAGCGUGCCAAACCAGUGAUCUUGAACAAAGAUCUGAGAGACGAUAAGAAACGAAUUGCUGCUCCGCCCUCAACCUUAAGCCAGGAACCCAGCCCUCCGUUACGCAGGAGCACACACAACGGGGAGAACGAACACGACAAGAAGAACGAACCCACCAGCGACAAGGCAAAAACCAAGCAAUGA